UGUUGUGGUAUUUUCAGGCUCUUGAGACUAAGGUUUUUAGAGGCAUUAGAAGAUGCAGAAAUCCUGUAAGUGCACUGUGUCUUAGCAGAUACCCAGCUGUGUCUAUGGAUGCCUCCUAAGUCUCUGAAGAUUCAGCUGAUACACAGCUUCACACAAGUCUACAUUUUCAGUAUUAUCUAGGAGAUAAGAUUUGAAAGCAUUUAAUUGCCUGUCAGUGGAGGUAGGCAUCUAGAGGGAUUUCUAAAGCAUUUGGCUAAUUAAAUCAAAGUUUAGCAUCAGCAUGUCUUUGAAAACCCCUCAGGGAGAUAUAGGCAUCUUAGGUACAAAUAACCUCACUUGAUCUGAGACACCUAAAUGUAGAUGUCUCAUCUAAGAUAUUUAAUUGUCUAGGCUCUCUUUACAGUAAGUGAAGAAAAACUAGGCUAUGCAGGAGACAUUCAUGGCAGGCCCAUGCAUUCAUCCCAUUCUAGGCAGAAGUAUUCAAGCAAUAGCAAAGUCCUCCUGAAAGCUCCAUUCCACUUUACAGUGACUUGAAUUGAUUUGUAGGUGCAUUGUGCCUGAUUGUUCCCCUCUUCUUAACCUCUGACAAGGGCCUGUGAAUAUAAUAUCCUGAUUCAGAGAAUCUGUAGCAGAUUCCCAAACAGUGGUACACAUGCCACAGGUGCUGCUGAGCCUCUACAAAGUGGUACAGAACACUUUCUGAGCAGCCUUCUAUGUGCACAUGCAGCCUGACAGUGCUGGGAGCAGCUUCAGUUCCUGCUGCCACUGCUGCUGGGGCAAUAUGCCAGCAUGGAAAUCCUCCCACACUCCUCCAAUAUCAAAAUAACAAAUAGACAGCAUCUUCAACUCCAGAAAAUGCAGAAUUUGGAUUCGCAGCCUCAGCUGUAAAAACCUUGCAACUCUGAAAGCCUCUACUGACGACCAAAGAGAAGGUUGUCAGAAAUUACUCCAUCUUGGACCUUUUAGCAUUUUUCUUCCAGAAGGUGUCAAGUGGUGCAGUGCAGAGAGGAGCUAACAGUAAUCCCUACUGCAGAAAGGAAAACGACAGCCUGGAGCAUCAUAUCACUGAGUAGCCAAGUUGGGAAUCCCACCUGAAUCAAUCCUGCCUCUGGGCAAAGCUGUCACUUUCCUAUGAGUACAACAGAUGCCCAUACCAAAGCAAUUACUCUAUGGGAGAUGCCGACUGGCUGGAAGAACCUGUUCAUUCUGGGUCUGUAAUGGAGUCUGUGAGGAGCUCAGCUUCCUGGUGUGGAUGAAGCUUUGCAGACUCCAGGAUCCUGGCCAGCUGGACCAGGAGAGGCUGCCAAGUCCAUCAGGUUGAUGGAGCCAGCAGGCUGCUCCACCUGACUGUCUGGAAGCAUUCUUUUACUCUCUUGGUGAAGAAAGUUUCUUCACAAGAUUUGGAAGCAGAUGCUUGCACUGGCAGUUCUGCCAUCCAUCUGUGGUCAUGCCCUGCGUACACAGUGGUGAGGUGGAGCCCUGGAACAGGAGAGAGGGACAGCAAGGAGAGAGGAGAGGUGGAAAAACACAUCAGCAACAAGCCCAGAAGUUCAGUGAGUGUCAUGGAGCGGCGCUAGCUGCUGGGGGCUGCCUUGUGACAGCAGGCUGCACUGCCAUCCCGUACCUGUUUGAUCUCAUGGUGCAAAGACGUGUGUGUUAUGAGCUUGUGAUAAAGUUCCUGUGAUAAAGCAGUGAAGAUGUGACAGCUCCAGACAGACCCCCGCUCCAGCCCUUGCUCUGGGAUACAGAUGUUGGCUGUGCCACUCCACACACUGCUGGGGGAUGUUCCCGGCAGAGCUGAGCCAAGAAGAGCAUUUAGGACUUACAGAGCUGCACAUUCCCCAGUGGCAGCUGCAGGGAGUUUCUGAAGACCGGAUGGGUUUUCUGCAGCUCCUCUCCUAAGCUGCAGCGGAAGAGAUUACCAGUUAUGACCAUCUGCAUGGCAGCUAGAGGAUCUUCCCUUCAGGCAAUUCCCGUUGCUGUCAUCUGAACAUUGAAUCAUGGUGCAGAUGGGGCCACCAUCCUGCUGCUCAGUGAGCUGCCAAAGAUCACCAGCACACAUCAGGGCAGACCAGGAGCCAAGGAACAGUGUGGCCAGGACUCAGCACAGGAAACUGGAAUUGAGUUGGCUUUGGCUACGCGUGAAUGGGACUGAAGAUGGCAUCUGAAUUUUUGCAGUGUGCAAGUUACACAGCAGAGCAUGGAGAUUUUGACAGCUUUGCUUUAUGUGUGUUUCAGGGGUGUCUGGUCCUGAGGACCCCACAGCUUCUCUGAAAUUCAGGCUGAGGAGAUCUGUGUGGUAUUGGAGUUUGCAGCCAGGAUGUGGUACAGCUUUUUCUCCAGCACUCUGGGAUACCUCACCAAAGAGCUGUUCAGCCUCUCUGGCCAUCAGCCUGCUUAUUUGUAGGCUUUAUAGCAAUGGCUCAGACCCUGCCAGUGACACAGAGACGUGGAAAUCUUCCUUGGUAACGUGGCCAUGGCACCUCCAGGAGACCCUGAACAAGGAGGAGACUGUUGUGCUGUGGACAAGACUCCAUGGAGAAAUGCUCAACAUGUUCCCACAAGGACACAGGAAAGAUUUAUAUGACCCCUUGGAGCAGCAGCAUCAUCCCCAGACUGCAAACAAGAGCCGGAAGCAAACGCCAAGAGAAAAAGCCUUCCAGCAGCAAUGCCAGAAGCUGGGGUUGCAGGGUGGAGCAGCCUCUGUUCCUCCUGAGCAGUUGCUUUCUGUACCAAAACACAAGUCUGGUCAUCCUCAGCAGCCUGUGCCAUCACCUCGUGCUCCUCCAGUAGGAGAUGAAAGGCCAAGUGAGAACCAAGAGCAGCAGGAGGAACCGACCCCAGCAGAUCCCCGUGAUGGCAGCAACCGAGCGCAGACCUGCCCCCCAAAGCCCAGCUCCUGUGUGGAGAAAAAGAAAGUGGCAUUGCAGGAAAAGUCACGCUGGGAAAUCCUCCAGCAGGAGCAGCGGCUGAUAGAAGAGAAGAAUAAACGCAAGAAGGCUCUCCUGGCCAGAGCUAUUGCUGAGAGAUCCAAAAGAACUCAAGCUGAAACAGUGAAACUAAAAAGGAUUCAGAAGGAACUACAAGCUCUGGAUGACAUGGUAUCUGCUGACAUUGGCAUCCUGAGGAACCGCAUUGACCAGGCCAGCCUGGACUACUCCUACGCCCGGAAGCGGUAUGACAAGGCUGAGUCGGAGUACGUGGCCGCCAAGCUGGACCUGCAGCACAAGACAGAGAUUAAGGAGCACCUCACAGAGCACCUGUGCACCAUCAUACAGCAGAACGAGCUCCGCAAGGCCAGGAAGCUGGAGGAGUUAAUGCAGCAGCUGGAAGUGCAGGCAGAUGAGGAAAAUCUGGAACUUGAGAUCGAGGUGGAGCGGAUGCUGCAGCAGCAGGAGGCAGAAACAGGGAGACAAGCCAGCCAGUCACACAAUCACGCUGGGACAGCGAAGGAAAACCCCACUGCCGGGGUCAUGGCGCAGGAGAGGGAGCAUGCCAGCCGUGCUGUCACUUCUCCUGCUACUUCUGAACAGUUGGUUCAGUCUGAAAACUCCAGUACCAAAUCUCUCUCCCAUAUGGACAGCCAAAUUCCAACAGUAAAAGUGACUUCAGGAAACUCUCCAGCCUGUUCUGAUACAUGACUACUAUAUCCACAUCAGCCAGCUGGUUAGGGUGACAUGCUCACUGCAGGCUUGUGUGCUGUCUGUUAUAGCUGGGUUUCUGCCAUGCCAGUAACAUGCACUUCAUUUCUCUUUUCCUUUAAUAUUUUUUUCAAAUUUUAGAGGCUCAUUUUUUUCACCAGGCUUUCAUUUGGGGUUCACCAUCUCUCUUCAUCAUUCUGGUUUAAGUUCAUGUUCUAAUGCUCACCUCUUCAUGGGGCUUUGUACCUUCCUGAAAGAGGAUACUUGGAAGUGAACAGUAGGGUCUUUCCAAAGGCUUUCAGCACUUUGCUAUCACAGAUGAUGCCAGUUCCAAGCAGUGUGCAAGAGAUGUGUAUCUACAUGAGGAAAUAUCCCAACUUACUCUGUUUCUGAACGCUGACAACUGCAACGGGAAGUUUCCCUUUCUUUUUAUCUGCAAGGGACUGGCUUUUGAACGGUUUUUAAUCCUGUGAAACCCAAGUGCUUUCUUUAAUUAUCUUUGUAGCUGAUACUCUUUCCUGUGCCUGAUUUAAAGGAAAUUUGCAUAUUGAGGCAAAUUGCAAAGUCAGUCGGAAUAUUUCCUUUUUUCUCUUUGACUGUUCCUUUCAGAUCACACUAUGUCACACACAGCUGUGUGUUUAUAACAUUAUUGUCUAUGAAAUCAGGGCAGCUAUGAUUUAACAAAAAAUGAGAGGUCACAGUUUGCAGAAUGGAUGAUGUAGAAGUGGAGACACACAAAAGAGGCUAUUACAACUGAAGCUGUUCCAUUGCAAACGUUUUUCUCUGUCAUAGUUGCCUCAGAGUUACAACAGUUACCCAGGGAUCUUGUAAUGAAUAAUCCCCACUGUAUAUUGGAAGUGGGACCAUUUUUUGUAUAAUAUUCAAUGCAUUUUCUUGCCUGAAGAGUGGGCUUGUACCCCACAAGAAGUUCAGCUGUUUUCCUCUGUUGCUGCUGAAAGGCUUUAAAAAGCUAUUCCAGGUGGAGAAAGUCUCGGGAAUUAAAAUAGAGGAGGUAGGAAAACCUCCCAUGGACUGAUGCAGCUGUGAGCCGUGGGGACAGUGUUCAGAGCUGUCCACUUUGUCACAGAGGAAGGCUGCUCUCAUGGUGGAAAUGGUUCCUCUACUACCUGAUUUGUACGUGUCAGAGUUCAUGAAUGAGCUGCUGAAUGACACCACCGAGUAUAUAAAUGGCUCUCUAUGGCUUUAAUAGUGGAAAAACAUGUCACUACAUUUCAUUUUUAUUCUAUUAAAAAAUCGGUGCAUCUUC